AUGACGGAUAAUCAAGAGCAGCUGAGGAGGUUGGAGGAGCAAUGGAAUUUAGUCAUGGCAGAAGAUGAGCGUAAACAUGCAUUGAUCUCAGACUUAUUCGGGCACAUCAGCGAUUUGACGGCGCAGCUCGCCGAGGCGCAUAUGGAUCUUCGAGACCGAAAGGACAUGCUUGAGCUCAAACGCACCAAGCUUGAUCAAGCAGAGAAGCAGAUUGAAGAUUUGCGACGCAAAACAGUGAGCGGAAACCGAUUAUCACCUGGAUAUGAGAGAGAGCUAAUCACGGCGACGCAGGAUGAGCAUGUUUUUAGUAUGGUUAUAAUUGAUGGCGACAAUAUGCCGUUUCAAGAUGAAUUUGUGAGAGAGGGCCUACUGGGAGGCAAGAGGGUAGCUAGCCUCCUGAGGAAAGCGAUAGCCGAGGAUAUCAAGACAAGAUUUCCAUCCCUUCCUGCCAACGCGCAGGUGGUGAUUCGUGUAUAUGCGAAUUUGAAAGGGCUGUCCAAGAAAUAUAGAGAACUUCUGCCUGACUCGGCAUCGUUUGAAGAUUUUGUUCGAGGGUAUAACACAGUUCACCCCACAUGCGACUUUAUCGACGCUGGGUGUGGCAAAGAAUGCGCAGAUGAGAAGAUCAAAGCGGCUCUCAAGUUUGGUCUCAGCGACAGCCAUUGCAGGCAGGUGUUUUUUGGGGGGCCAGGAGACAACGGAUACGCCCGUGUGUUCGAUUCUUUCCUCGAAGAUCAGACCAUUCGGGGGCAGAUAACGCUCAUGGCAGGCCCUCCUUUUGCCUACGAGCUGGCAGCAAUCAAAGACAAGUUCCAGAAUGUGGCAUUCGACAACAUCUUUAGGGGCCAGAAGCUUCCCAAUGAGACAAACCGCAGAACGUCGUUCCACAUCACACCACCAGGAACGCCCAUGCCUUCAAACGCUCCGUUGAGUUUUGCGGCCGCUGCCAAGGCGCCCAGUAGUCCAGCUCAUAGUGCUCCGGCUCAGCUGUACUGUUCAGAGCCGAAACCGUCGCCCAAUGGAGUCAUAUUGCGGAACAGGCUUGGACAGAGGGUGGACUCGCGUCUUUCGUACUCUCAGUCUGAUUUCUCCAGCUUGAAAGACCGUAAGCUCUGCAACAACUUCCAUCUCUUGGGCAAGUGUUACUAUCUCGACAAAUAUGGGAAAUGCCAUCACAUUCACGGGGAAAAGUUGACUGCCCAGCAGUUGGAAGCCUUGCGAGGCAUUGCCCGCCAGUCUCCGUGUUUGAAUGGACUGAGCUGCAGCCAGACCGAUUGUGUGGCCGGACAUCGAUGUCCAAGGGAGCCUUGCCAUUUGGAAAAUUGCUGGUUCCCCAAGGAGAUGCACGGCGUUGACUCUCAGGUCAUUGACUGA